CCUACCAUCUUUAUUAAACAAUAUGGCGUCGAAGGCUAGUUACUACCCGAACCCUAAUAACGAUUUUGUAUUAUUCGGCUCUCCACCAGUUUAUACCAAGUACACAUUUUUAAUUGUUUAAAAAUGAAAUAUAAUUUUAUAAAUAUUCAUUUAUAAAUUUUCGACAGUCGCGUCUCUUGACUGAACUCUGAACUGACUUGCUCUGAGUAAAAGUUAAGACACAGACUCAGACACAGCUGUCGUACAGUACUUGACUACUUAGUAGGCCUACUACACUACUUUAGGUGUUAUUAAUUAGAGUACAGCACUUUAAUGAGUGAGUGAGCGACUCCCUGUGCAGUUUAUUAUCUAGCAUACAGUCCAGUACAUUCUACUGACAGUUUCUAGAGACUUCAGUUUCCACAUAAAGUACAGACUCAGACUAAUCCUUAUAAUUAUAAUAAUUAAUAAUAAUCAGUGUAGGACUACAUACUACAACUACUGUAGUCUGUAGUCAUCUAAAGUUAAAGAAGUUAAACACUGAAGACUAAAUUAAACUUAAACUAAUUAAUAACCCCUAAAAACAAUGUUUUUUGUGUAAAUCCUAUAUAAAAAGCAAUAUCAAGCUCAAUAGGGGAGUGGGGCUGAAAAGAAAGAAAGAAGGAAACAUGAACAAAAGCGAAGUUAAUUAAUAUUGUAAUACCCCCCACCCCACCCCAAAUAGGUUUAAAACAAUUCAAUAAAAUUUUUAAAACUUUUAUGAUAAACAACUAAAUUGUCAUUUUAUAACACUUUUAAAAAGAAUUUUAACUAGUGCUUUUUACUUUAACUGAUUACAAGGCUAAUCUUGUUAAUUGGUAAUGGUUAUAAGGGGAGAGACUGCAAUUAGGUUAGCAAAAUAGGAAAUGAGUAAAACAAAGGAAGGUCAAACCUGAAAAAAGGAAUGCAACAAAAGAACGGGUGAAUUUGGAAAACAACCUAUGGAACCUUGACAUCACAUGGCAUGAAUGUCUUUAUUCAUAGCUUGAGCCUUUACUCUGCCCUCCACGUCACGACCAGUCGCAGUGGACUGACUUCUCCUCUUUUCUUUCCCUUCUCUCACCUACUAAUUUUCUUUCACAAUUCUUUUGCUGCCCGCUCAGAUACUGCUUCUCAGCUAAGUGCUAUUUUUUAAUUUUAUUCUGUUUUUUCUGUUUGUUUGCUGACGAAGCCUUCCCGCAGAUACGUUCGUUGUUUUGUUGUUUUACUUUUUUCAGGUUCGACCAAACUUUGCUUUACUCAUUUCCUACUAAUCUUGUUAAUAGAGGCUUACAGUUACAGUAUUAAAAUUUGAUUAUAAAUAUCCUAAUAUUACAAAAAUUGGCCAAUCCUGAUUAAAAUCCAAAGUCCUUUUACACAUUGCAUUUAUCAGUAUUUCUUUUUAAUUAUUUUUGUCAACUUCACAAGUUUAAAGACUUUAAUAACACUGUAUUAAACUACCUUUACAUCAGUAUUAAGGUCUAUAAUUUUAAUAUAGUUAUAGUACCAGUAUCAAACAUCUGCAAUUUGUUUUAAUUUUACAUUUCAUCAUAAAAGCAUGACUUUUAAAGUAGGGAUAGGUGUUAAUUAUAGAUUGUAUGACGGCAUAAUGAUUUAAAAAUUAUAUCCUGAGCAUAAUUUAAAUUUACUUGAUUCCAUGUUUACUGAGCUAGAAAAAUGUUUAAUUAUCUUUCUUUUUUUUUACAAAAGUUAAGACUUUAACUUUAACAGGCACAUACAAACAGUACACAUUUCAUCAAUUAUUAUUAAAUUGAAUGGGUUUGUGUUUUCUUUAAAUAUGAAUAACCGAUGAUUUUUUUUAAUGCUUAAGCCUAAGCCUAUAUUUAUGAAAUUCCCAAUUGCUUUUCUUUUUUUAAUAUUAGAAUAAUAAACAAUCUGCCCCACCUAGUUGCACAUUUUUUAAAAAAAUAUUUAUUUGUUUGAGAAUCCAGUAGAAUGCUAAAAAAAAGGUUUUUUGAAACAAGUAUUUUUUGACAUUCAUAGACAACUAUUUCCCUAAAAAAUACAUUUAUGUAAAAAAAUCUUAUGACACAACACCUUUGACAUAUCUUAAGUCUAAAAUGUUCUCUUUAAAAAGUUGGUACCCAUAUCUAUAUUAAAUUUUUUAAAUCUCCUAUUUUAGAUUGAAACUAAAAAAAUUACAUGAGCUUGAGCAUUUUGAUCAGGCUUGUGAACAAAACAUUCUCAAAAUUUUGCUGCAUUUUUUGUUUGUUUUGUUUUUGAAAUUAUGACCAAGAUGUGUAAAAAUUCUAUGACAAUAAUAUUUUUGUAAUAUUCUUAUUGAUAUUGUCAAGGGCUGAAAUGCUUCCAAAACCUUAGUUAUUCCAAUUAUCUAUUUACCACCUCUCUCCCUUCAGUUAUUUCAGAAUUUAUGAAUCUAAGAAUUCUAAUUUAUAUUAAAUGUUACAAUCCUUUAGAAAAUAAUACAUUUAUCCACAGACAAAGUCAAGGAUAUUUUUCCAAAUCUAUGCUGACAGACACCACCAAAAACUUAUCCCAACAUGAGAAAUAUGGAAGUAAUCCUCAGCUGAGAAGAUCUCUUCAUGCUAUGUCAUGCAUUUCUGGUGAUAUAACAAAGCCUCUCGGGGAAGCAAAUGAUGUGCCCAUUAGUCAUUUUGAUAAUAAACUUAGCCAGACAAGUUUAAACCAUCCUUCAUCUCAAAUUAUGUCUCAUGUUGAAUGGUACACAAAACCAAUUCAUCUAAAAUCUUCUGUUAAAAUUCCAAUGGACGAAGAAGAUUUGUUGGCAGCAAGAUAUUUUCCUAUUACUUUAGGUGAAACAAGAUCACUUGAAAUGGUACAGGCAUUGAAACCUGGGAAAAGACUUUCAAAGGCUGAAACUGAAGGAAAACUUAAUUCUAAGAAUGAAAUCUCUAGGAUCCAUAGUGAAAAUCCUCAUAGACAUCACAGAAGUAAUGAUGAUGCAUACUUUCUCACUGCUUUUGCGCCCCAUAUAAGUAAGUUUUAUUCACUUUAUAAUAUUUACCAGUCUAUUUUAGUAAUAUUAUUACUGACAUUUUAUUUUUUUAAAGAUGGUUGUGUUUAUAGUUUUUUUAUUUAAAAAUAGUACUGGUAAAUUAAUCACAGUACCUGAAUCUAGGCCUGAGUUUUCAAAUUCAUUCAUUCAAAUAUUUGGAAAAAAAAGAAGCUAAGUUAUAAUUAAAUGAAUAACUUUUUAAUGUUAGAUCCUUAAAGAAAAUCAAUGUUUAAUACUUUAUUUAAGAGAGAGCCAACAUAUCCUUUACUUCACCUUAUUCUGAUGACAUAGCUAAAUUAAGGAUGGAAAAAUUACGCAUAGAAGAGCAACAGUAUUUAGAGCUGAAAAGACAAGCUGAGCUUGAGAGGAUUAGAGGACCAAAGCCCAAAUGGUCAGUAUUAAAAGAAAUGUGUAGGAUAUGCAACAAAUGGUGGGAGUGGAGGGGCAAUGAUCGGGACUGCUAUUUUAAAAUUAUGGGUACCUCCACUGGUCUCUAAAGAAAAAUAUUCAUGUUUCCAAAACUGAACAAGCUUACAAGAGCUAUUAAAACUUUUUUUAAGUAAAAAAAAAGAAAACACUGUUAUACAUUUUUUUUUUUCCUACUUUUGAAUUUUACGAAAAAUUCAUAGUACCAUAGUCCUAAUUUUUUUUUUAUUUGGAUCAGGAAUUAGUGUUAUUUCUUUUCAUUGCCAUCUGUAUAAGUUUUUUGAGAUCUAUUUUUUUAUAAACACUUAUACAAGUCCAUAACAUACUUUUGUGGGAGAGGGGUUGGGCAAUCACUUUAUGUGGGUGAGAUAACAUCAAUGUUUUAUAAUGCCUUAUGACACAUGUCCUGCCACACCAGCUUCCCUUUCAGAGGUCCAGUAGUGCUGAGCUCUGAUUUGAGAGUUGGAAUUUAAAUUGACCUUUCAUCCAUUUUUUAUUUUGAGAAUGAUACCGUACUGGCUAUUCUAGUUGUGUUUUAGUUUAAGGACAUGAUAAAAGCUGCAGCUAAUGGAUCUAAUUAAAUCAGAAUCACUGAUGAUAAAUUACAACACCUUGCAAAAGAGAGACUCUUAGCCAUUUUGUUCCUGCUAUUUAGCUAAUUAAUUAGGUAAUGCUAUGAGGAGCCAGGAGUGCUAUUUUCAUAUAUUAUCAAGAAUAAUGCCACCAGAAGCCCUGAAGAACCUUCAGAUACCUAGUCAUGCUAAUCUCUCAAAAAUUGAUGGGAAAAUUUUUACUCAUCUAGACAAGUAGACAUGAAACCAACCUGAAUAAAAUAGUGUAUAAUUAUAAUCAAUCUUACAUACACAGGUAUGAGUUAAAAACACCAGAAUUCCAUACUGAAGCCAACAAAAAUACUCAACUGUUGCGCAACAUAAAUGACUGGGAUAACCUACUCAAGUAUAGAGAAAGUUUAGUCAGUGCUACCAAUCGUCUUAAAUCAGCCCUCAGAGAUUAUGAGGUACCUGUCUAUUGAGGCGUAUCUUAAAUUGUUAUUGUUAUGUUAAUUAUUAAUUAUUGGUAAAGAAAUGUAUUAAGAUAGUUAUUUCAUUCCCUUGUACAAUUUUCUUACAUAGUUCUUACAUAUAUGUACUGUAAAUUUAUUUUUAUUUUAAGACAGUUAUCACUAAUUAUAUAUUUAGCAAAAUGACAUUUUUCCUCAAUCCUGUUAAUGUAAGCCUAAAAAAGAUCAUUAGUGAAAUCUAAUAUACUAGCUGGCUUUUUAUGUUUCAUCUGCCCUCAGAUAAAUUGGUGCUUCUAGGUCAGGGUUGUGGGGACGUUUUUAGUUAUUACCUCAAAAUAGAUUUGUUUAUUGAUUUGAAUCUCACAGACUAUUUAUAAUCAAAAUUUUUUAUCUAUUUACUCAGAGAGUAGAAGUAUAUAUAUUUUAAGUAAAAAUAAAUGCGCUAAAUAAUUUAAUAAAAUCCUUAUAACAGACAAAUAUGAUUAAUUUCAAAUCUUAAAUUUACGAUUUUGGAGAAAUGUUUCAGUUUUUCAUCAAUUUAGAUACUAUCUUCAGGGUGCAAUCAAUUUCUAUGCUUUAUUUUUAUUUCCUUUAGAGUUGAAAAUCCUUGUUUGCAACAAUAGGUUGUCUCAAUAAAUCAUAAACUUUUUUACUAUCUCCUCAUGUGCAAUUUUAAAAUCCUUUACAACUCUUGACAUCUUUGACCAUAAGCUAAAACAUUAGGUGACUAGGCCAAAAUGACAUCUACAAGACAAGAUGUGCAGUUAUGCUGGCUAUUGAGCCACUACUAACCACAAGAUAUUGGUUGUGUUUUUCUUUUACGAUGGACAGUGUUGUCAGAACAAAUAUUUCUGUCAUAACAGGGAAUGCACUUUUUUAUAUAAUUUUAUUUAUUUCUCUAAGCAUUCAUUACCUACAAUAUUUUCAUUUCUAUCCCAUUUCGGGUAAUUUACCCCAGUUUGCCAACCCCCGAUCUAGGCCAUGUAACUUGAUUUUAAAUCAUUUGAGCCCCAUAACAAAGGAAUUGAUGGAGUCUGCAGAAGAGUGGCUUCUCCUGGUAAUUUCACUUUGGUACCAGUAUUCAAAUGUCCCACACAUUCAGGAGCAGAAGAUUUUAGUAAAGACUUUAACGUACAAUAUUAUUUACCACAUGUAAUUUUUCUUACUACAGUAGAACCUGUUUAUGUCGACGGCCUCGGGGUUUGCCAAAAAGCGUCGAGAUAACCGAUAUCGAGAUAAAAGAAAACCAAGAUGGUGGCAAUAUAUUAACAUGUGCUUGAAAUUUCUUUAUUUACAUGAUGUGUGUUAAUAAAUGCAGGUACUUUAGUAAAAAAAAAAAUAAAUAAUGUUUUUAAUAUUACACUUAUUUAGAGCAAAUUUCAAAUUUUUAAAAAAUGAAACCAGAACUAUAGUACUUUUUGAGCUACUAGAGUUCGUUUGAUAUUUUCUACUAAGGACGAACAAAGCCUCCAGAUUUUGUGACCUCAUUCUGAUGAUAGUGUCUUGCGCAAUGACUAUAUAAUUUAUAUAAGACAACGCAUCCCCUAUUACCAAAAUACUAUUUAGGGACUAAUUAUUUUGAACUUUCAACUUUGGCACAUGACUAUUUAAUUAAAGCUUUCCCUGACCAAUGGUUUAAUAGCUUUUGUACACGGCAAACUCUUAUGAAUGAAACUCUAUCCCCAAAGGCUCAAAGCGCGGUACAAAAAAAAAAAAAAAAAAAAAAAAA